AUGUCUCACUUAGUUGAGCCACCGCCACCCCUGUACAACAACAACUGCAAGGAAGGGGAGCAGCCCCUGCCGCCUCCCGCCGGCCUCAAGAGUUCCUGGGUGGAGCUACCUAUGAACAGCAGCAAUGGCAAUGAUAAUGGCAACGGGAAGAAUGGGGGGCUGGAGCACGUCCCUUCGUCUUCCUCAAUCCACAAUGGAGACAUGGAGAAGAUCCUUCUGGACGCACAGCAUGAGUCAGGACAGAGCCGCUCAAGAGGCAGCUCUCACUGUGACAGCCCUUUACCACAAGAAGAUGGACAGAUCAUGUUUGAUGUUGAGAUGCACACCAGCAGGGACCAUAGCUCUCAGUCAGAAGAAGUUGUAGAAGGAGAGAAAGAAGUUGAGGCUUUGAAGAAAAGUGCAGACUGGGUAUCAGACUGGUCCAGUAUACCCGAAAACAUCCCACCCAAAGAGUUCCAUUUCAGACACCCUAAAAGUGCUGUCUCUCUAAGCAUGAGGAACAGUGGAGCUAUGAAGAAAGGGGGCAUUUUCUCUGCAGAGUUCCUGAAGGUCUUCAUCCCGUCUCUCUUCCUUUCUCACGUGUUGGCUUUGGGGCUGGGCGUCUAUAUUGGAAAACGACUGAGCACACCUUCUGCCAGCACCUACUGUGGGAAACGAAAAGCACGUGGAAAUGUGCAUGGCCUGUGA